GGGUGGGAUGACGCAUCAAAGGACUUCUUCCUGUAGUAAAAGGUGCGUUCCAAAAUGCAUCGACAAUCGACAAUAUGACAAUUUAUAUUUGAGAUGACAUUCAUGCGCAAUGGACAUCAUCUAAUUUAUGUCGAAAUAAGAAUCCUCCAUCCUUUGAAUUGAUUUGUCCUGUUAUACGUACUAGUAUUUAAUUCUCUACUAGUUACACGGAUCAAGACAUAUCUUGCCGUUACCUGCUACUGUUAAACAUGGAUGAACGUAGGCGAGCUGUUGCACUUACUGCGAUUACUCUCAGUAAUGAUUUUCUCCGUUGCCAUGUAAUUUUCGAUACAGAUAGUGAAACCAGUGAUUCUGAUUUGGAUGAAGGAGAUAUGAGAAGAAGAUUUCAAUUACGUGGAGGUCGACGGAAGCCUCCAAGGAUAAAAAAUUACGUUGAAGUAACUGUGCCAAGAUUUAACACACAGCAGUUUAGAAGGCAUUUUCGCAUGACCCCAGCAACGUAUGAAAAUUUAGAAGCAAGGCUUAGUCCUAUUCUCUCUUUGUCUGAAGGAAAAGCUGUAAUUCCACUGAGAAAGCAAUUAUUGGGGUCGUUGUGGUUAUUGGCAACACCUGAUUCAUAUCGUUCUGUUGGUGAAAGGUUCGACCUUGCCAAAAGUUCGUUAAACAAAAGUUUUAUGAGAGUUGUUGAAUGUUUGAAUGAUAUAUCAGGCCAAAUCAUUUUAUGGCCAAGAGGCCAAGACCUUGAUAGAGUGAAAGCCGAUUUCAACCAAAAUUCAUUACUACGAGGCAUUAUUGGUGCCAUUGAUGGUACACAUAUUCUUAUAAAAGCUCCUAAGAUUGACUCCCAAUACUAUAGAACCUAUAAGAAAACGUAUGCCAUAAUUUUGCAAGCAGUCUGUGAUGCCCGUAUGAAAUUCACUGACUGUUUUGCAGGAUUUGCAGGUUCAGUUGGAGAUUUAAGAGUCUUCAGAAAUUCAGAUUUAUGGAGAGAAAUUCAAAUAGAUAAACAAUCCUUCUUUCCCAAUGAUGAAUUUAUUAUUGGUGAUAAGGCAUACCCUGUCUUAACAUGGUGUAUUUCCCCAUAUAUUGACCGUGGUCAACUUACAGCUGCCCAGAUAAAAUUUAACACCGUUCUUUCAUCAAAACGGUCAGUGAUUGAACGUGCAUUUGCACUACUAAAAGGUAGAUUUCGUAGAUUAAAGUUUCUUGAUAUGAACGUAGAUGAAAUGAUUCCCCAUGUUAUAAUUGCUUGCACAGUAUUGCAUAAUAUAUGUUUGGAUGGCAUUGAUGAAAAUGAUGUAGAAGACUUUAUACAGGAAGGUAUGGAAAUGGAGAUUGAGGAGGCUUAUGCUAGAAAUAUACCUAAUGAAGAGGCAGGAGAAGUAAAACGUCAAUAUUUGUGUGCACUUGUCACUGAAGCUUAAUAUUGACACACAAUCUCAUCAUUUUUGCUUCCUCAUAAAGGAAGCUUCGUUUUCGUCAAAAAAAUUUUUGUCUUAGCUUGUCUAAUCAGAUUUAUUGUUGGCAUUAGUAUGAUUCAUAGAAUUUGCAUACAGAUUUUAACGAGAAAUAGAUGAGAAGGCAUGGAUAAUUAAAGAUAUUAUUUUAAUUAUCGAACUUAGUAACACAUGAUAAAAUACUUACUACUUAAAAUAAUCAAUUAUACUAGAUAACUUAACUGUUUUAUGUACAACUAGGAGAAAGAUAAAUAAAGUAAUAUAUCUUUUCCUAACCGUAAUUAGAAAAAAUGACUUUUCACAAAAUAAAAAGU